GGCGGAGCUACAGUGGAGAUGACGUCACGUGUGAUCUCCUCCCCCGUACUGUAGAACUGAUGUCACCAGGAGUGCGCGGGUCGCGCUGGUGUCGUCACGUCGGGCGGAGAAGAGGAGGGAGAGGUCUGGUCGUCGUAGGAAGACAGCUGACUGGGAGCCCCGGCCACCCGCACCUCCGGCACAAUGCGGGAGAGCAGGAAGUGAUGCGGCAGACAUGGUUAGACAGCUCCUCGGGAUGGAAUGUUGACGUGUAUCGAACAUCGUUUGAGGCGGUGUCUGGUACAAGGCGGACUGCACUAAUACUGGACACCCUCAACAUGGGCCAGUGUGUCACAAAGUGUAAGAAUCCAUCAUCCACACUAGGCAGCAAAAAUGGUGAGCGGGAGUCGAACAAGUCACAAAAGAGAAGCUCAGGGCACAAAGAAGAACACACGCCAGCAGGUGGGAAGGCCUCAGGGGAUAUCUUAGUCAAUGGAACAAAGAAAGCGCAGGAUGCCGCAGUAGAGUCAACUAAUCCGCUGGAACCUUGUGGUGAUGCAAAGAAAAAAGAGCAAGGGAUGGGCGUGGCAGUGUCCUCUUUACAGCGGAUUGAAGAAUUGUUUAGAAGAUACAAGGAUGAGCGGGAGGAUGCCAUCUUGGAGGAAGGCAUGGAACGGUUUUGCAAUGAUCUGUGUGUGGACCCAACAGAAUUUAGGGUGCUAGUUUUAGCUUGGAAAUUUCAAGCAGCAACCAUGUGCAAAUUUACUAGGAGGGAGUUCUUUGAAGGGUGUGAGGCAAUAAAUGCAGACAGCAUUGAAGGAAUUUGCACCCGAUUUUCCAGCCUCUUAAUUGAAGCUAAGCAGGAAGACAAAUUUAAGGAUCUUUAUCGCUUCACAUUUCAAUUUGGCCUGGACUCCGAAGAAGGGCAGCGGUCACUUCACCGGGAAAUAGCCAUUGCCCUCUGGAAGUUAGUGUUCACCCAAAACAAACCCCUCAUUUUGGACCAGUGGUUAGACUUCCUAAUUGAGAACCCCUCAGGAAUCAAGGGAAUCUCCCGGGACACGUGGAACAUGUUCCUAAACUUUACUCAGGCGAUUGGACCCGACCUCAGCAACUACAGCGAAGACGAGGCAUGGCCGAGUCUCUUUGAUACCUUUGUGGAAUGGGAAAUGGAAAGAAGGAGAAAGGAAGAGGAAACCAAAUGUAUUAGAUCUUCACGCACAGAUCAUCUGAGUCCAGAUGAACAGACUUAGCACGGUGUGAGCAUUUGAUCCUGUUAACCUUCAUUAAAUAUAAACUCUGGACUUUCCCUGGAAAUUUAAUGGAGAAUACUUAUUAUUUUUUGUUUUAUUUGUUUUUUUUUAUUUGUUUAUUUUACACCUUUUUCUGCCUUGUAUUUGAAAGGGCUCUAAAUGCUGGUAACAUGUUUCAGGCACUUUCUUACCAUUUUGGUCAUUUUUUUUUUUUCAUUAUUAUUUUUAAAUGUUUUCUUACAGUGCCAGGAAGUGUUUCACCUUUAUAUUUCAGGUUUAACUGGCUCUAAUUAAAUUAAUGAAUGCUUGGAAGAGCGUGGGGAGAAUGGGAGGGCAGUUGUGUCCAUUUAUUUAAUUUAAACCCUAUUGAUGUGUUGGGUAUGGGAUGUGGCGGGGGGAGGGGGGUUGCAUAACAAUGCAUUGUGAGAUGCCUGGCAGCUGGUUGGUGACAGCUCUGCUUAUUGCCAUGUCCUGCGUUCUUUUUAAAAUGUUCUUUUUUUAACAUUAGUCCCGUUCAGUGCCAAAGAGGCCUGCAACACAUUGUAUGCCAAUCUGGCAAAUGAGGGUUUGGAAGAAAAAGAGAGAAAAUCCAAUUCUUAAUGAGCGUUCCAGGAUCAUGUUGUUCUCCUAGAUCCUGUGAUGGACAGGGCAGUUGCGUACUGUGUGUAGUGGUGUUUACAUUGUUGAAUUUUAAGAUUUGUGAAGCUGUUCAGUGGGGUUGGGUAAAGGAACAUAUUUUCUCUCAAAAGCUAUAUCUGAGCAUUAAUCAUACAGUAUGUGCAUUAACUCAUGUUCAUAACACAAAACUGCAAAAAAAGAAAAAUGUUAUGGCUUUUCUAUUAAAAUCCAUGUAUUCUUUUUAACUGAAUUGCCACAGUGCGUUAGAAAUUAGAGCAAUUUUGAUUCACUUGCAUUUACAUUUAUUUAUUUUAACGCCGGUGUCAUUUUGUUGCCCUGUGUCUUGGAUCCAGCAGUAUGGCAGGAGUUUGUUAGAAGAAAUAUUCUACUACCAAUAGGUGCAUUUAACCUUCAAUACGGAAUGCUUCUGAGAUUUAAGUGUCCUCUCCCUAAACAGACUUUUUAAAAUUGACUUGUUUUUUUAUGUUGCCGAGUGCAUAAUACUGUAAUUUGCUUACUGCACUUUGCCCCUUUGUUGCCCCUGCAUUUCCCAUCUUUCAUUCAGAUAUGGCGAGCGUCAGGCACCAGUUAGGUGUUUUUGCAGUAACGUCUGUAGCAACUAUUCCCUUUUAAUCUGUCAUAUUAAAGCUGGGUACAUACUACAAGAUGUGGCUAUUAAAUAACCAGACUGAUUCUAUAAUUUACGUGUAAUUUUAUUAAGUACAUUUUAAUCUCUAUUCCCCUUCGAUGUACUCCCCUUAUACAUCCAUGCCCGCUGCAUUCUUUUCCUUUAUUCACAACCGUGCUGUAGCUCAUUAUCUAUCAGUUAUCGCAACAGCUGCAUUAUUGUCUUUAACGUGGUAACUGAUUUAAACCGGUUUGACUGUAGGUAAAAUACAGAAGUCACAGGGUGCUAGGUAUGGAGGGUGUUCUAGCUCUGCAGUCUGUUUCUCGGCCAGAAACCGCUGCUCAGAGACAGUUGUGUGGGCUGGUGUGUUCUCCUGCUGGAGGAGGAGACCAUUAUCCCACAACUCUGCCACUUUCUUCUGAUUCUUUUCCUGCCUGGUUUCUAUACCAUUUGUGUAGUAAUGUUGAUUCACCGUUGCUCCUCCUGGUACCCAGUCUGCCAAAAUAAAAUCCUUGAUAUCAAAGAAAACUAUUAACAUGGCUUUGAAUUUAGAUUUGCUUUGGCGUAAUUUCUUCUUUCUUAUUGUGAAUCCGCUUGAGUUUGUUCCAAAACCUCUAUACAAAUUUCUUUUUGGAAUAAUCCAAGGUCCGUGUUCCCCCAACUCUCGUUUAACUCAUGCAGUAUGGUUUAGUUUUUACAAGUACAGUCUCGUUACUUAAAAGCCACACCUCGUAAAUAUAUCUGACGAUGUUGCGAUCAGCGACAGAUCACAUCGACCAUCGUAUAGUCUGUGCACCUCAAAUCCCAAUUGGAUGUGCUGCAUGUACAAUGGGACGAUUCCCCAGGCGACUCAGUGUUACUUGCAGCAUGUAAUGAUACAUCGUACAGUGGACUGUACAUCAUUGCACUGUAUUGUUACAUCCUGGCGCUGAGUCCACCGUCUUCUGGUGUGUACCCAGCUUUACACAGAGGGUUUUUCUUAGCAUUCAUCCAAAUGGAAAGGGUUGUUGCGGAAACUACGGACUCUGAUGACUGAUAGAGAUUCCUGAAACGAAGACCAGAGAAGAGUAAACAUGGCGAAUACCAGAGACUCAGUACAGUCUGUGACAUCACAUUUCUAAACUUAGUUCACACAGCCGCAUACGAACAAAAAAAUAAAUAAAUGCAAACCUUGGUCUGAAGUGCUAUUGUGUCUCAGAUGACUCUACAUAAUAAUGCACAUACUACACCGUUCUUGCUGAUCACAGGGAAAACCAUUUCUAGGCCAGGAAUACAGCUUAUCAACCUAGCAUUUAAAAACAAUGGCGUGCAUUGUGUCGUGGAGUUUUUGGUAUCUGAGGAGAUAGGUAGAAGUGCUUUAAUGCAUUUUAACAAUCUUUGCCAUUGUACCGUGGCCUAAAUAUUACUACUCCAGCUCGCUAUGGGUUAGUGGAUUUUUUACAUUGGGACAAAUGUUGCUUAUACUUGUAAUGAAACCAUAUAUGCAUAGGAGACAGACACAAUAACUGCAUUGUACAACGCGGUCUCACUGUUGGGCCUCAUGCACACAAUUUUUUUAUUUUUAAAUUGCACAAGAAACCCUUUCUUUAUAAUGUUCCUGCAUGUAUUGGCCGGCAGUGUAAUACCUACUGUAGCCAGCACAGGAACAAACAUAAAUUGCAGAAGAAAUAUAGUGGACUUGUCUUUAUGCAUCAUUUGCUGUUAAGAAAAAAAAAAAGCAUUAAAAAUGCUUGUGUA